AUGGAGGGGUAGAGAGGGGGAAGAGAAAAACCCUUUUAUUCUUUUUAUUGAAAGAAGGGGUGGUGUAGGUUUUUUGUGGAGCUGUUUGCUUCGUUUUUGCUUGGAAAAAUAAAGGGAAUUUUUGAGGCUGUUGUGUUUCUUUAUAGAGUGCAACUAAAGCCUUGUUGUGUUGUGUGGUUCUCUUUUCAAGUUGGUUUUGCAGGAAGAGAGAGAUCCUUUCUUGGUGCUGCUGGUACUCAUUCAUCUCUCUCUCUAGCCCUAGGAUACAGGGAGAUAGCAUUUGUGGUUCAGAAGCUGAGUUGUUGGGCUUUGGAUUGAUGAGAAAGUUGGGUUCCUUUUGCUUGUCUAUGGAAAUGAGGUUUUGAUUGAUGAUGGUAGCAGUAGAAAUGAGAGAGUGUGGUAGAAGCUGGAGAUUCAUUCCAUUUCAUGGAUGCCUUUGUUCUGGCCUUCAUGCAGCUCUAGGGGGAUAACCAUGGAGGAAUUUUCUGGGUCUGCUUGGCAGAAGUCUGAUAAUUCCAGGGGAUUAAAUACCUCCAGAGUCUCAGAUUGGAAUCCGAGAGCUGCAACGCGUGAUUCUGGGUUUAGAAAGGAGACUGAUAGGGUUGUGCUGGCGCGUCAUAACCUCAAAAGCCAGGAUGGUUUUUCUGGGGGGUACAACGAUGAAGUUGCAGUUGACCCUUUUGCCCGAAACAUAGAAUGGGGUGAUGUUAGCUUGAGGCAGUGGUUGGAUAAACCUGACAGAUCCGUUGAUGAAUUUGAAUGUUUACAUAUAUUUAGGCAAAUAGUUGAGACUGUAAAUGUGGCACAUUCACAAGGAAUUGUUGUUCAUAAUGUUCGGCCUUCUUGCUUCGUAAUGACAUCAUUUAACCAUGUCUCUUUCAUUGAGUCUGCUUCUUGUUCCGAUUCUGGGUCGGAUUCUUUAGAAGAUGGACCGAAUAGCCAAACCUUGGAGCUUAAAAAUUCGUCUUCUCCCUUGCCUAGUGGCAUGCUUCAACAGAGAAGUAGGUUAGGAAGUGAAGAUUUUCAACCAGCGUCUACUCCAAAGAAUGCUUUGUCAGAAGCUAGUUGCAUUCAGUCAAGUUCAGUUCAUGCCACACAUGUACCACUGGGUGAGGAGACUGAAGAAAAUAAAAUUAGUGGUGGAAAAAAUGCUGAACAAGAAGAGGAUGAAGAAAAGAAACAACCUUUUCCAAUGAAGCAAAUAUUGAUCAUGGAGACCACUUGGUACAGUAGUCCUGAAGAGGUUGCUGGUUCACCAAGCACUUGUGCUUCAGACAUCUACAGAUUGGGAGUUCUUCUGUUUGAGUUAUUCUGCCCAUUCAGCUCAAGAGAAGACAAGAGCAGAACUAUGUCUUGUCUGCGACAUCGGGUUCUUCCUCCUCAAUUGCUACUGAAGUGGCCAAAAGAAGCUUCAUUUUGCCUAUGGUUAUUGCACCCAGAGCCUAGUAGUCGGCCAAAAAUGGGUGAGUUGUUACAGAGUGAGUUUCUUAAUGAACCAAGAGAAAAUUUGGAAGAACGUGAAGCAGCAAUACAACUUAGGGACAGAAUAGAGGAGCAGGAGUUGUUACUGGAAUUCCUUAUGCUGAUACAGCAAAGAAAACAGGAAGCUGCUGAUAAGUUACAAGAUACUGUUUCUCUUCUGUGUUCUGAUAUUGAAGAAGUUAUGAAGCAUCGAACAUUUCUUAAGAAAAAGGGAGGCUCUUGCCCAGAAAGAGUGAAGGAUGAUAAUUUAGCAUCAAAGCUCCCUCCAUCGAAUAUUGUUGAUAAUGACGAGGCUUCUAGCUUGGGUUCUAGAAAACGAUUUCGACCAGGCAUUCAGAUUCUGAAUCUAGAGGAAUGUGAUGAUAAUCUAGACGAUGGUCAGAACUCAGAUAUGCUCACAGAAACUCAAGAAAGUCCACUUUUCAAAAGUUCACGAUUGAUGAAGAACUUUAAGAAACUAGAGUCUGCAUAUUUUUUGACAAGAUGCUGGCCAGUAAGGCCAUCAGGGACACCAUUCACUAGACAUUCACCGGUAAGUAGUGAUGGGAGAGGUUCUAUUGUUGUUACUGAACGAAGCUCCAUUAAUAACUUAGCACCAAAAGAGCAGCACAUUGAGAGUAGAAGAAGUGGAUGGAUAAAUCCAUUUCUUGAGGGUUUGUGCAGGUAUCUAUCAUUCAACAAGUUAAAAGUUAAGGCUGAUUUGAAGCAAGGUGAUUUGUUAAACUCUUCAAACCUAGUGUGCUCUCUUAGCUUUGAUCGUGAUGGAGAAUUUUUUGCUACAGCUGGUGUUAAUAAAAAGAUAAAAGUAUUUGAAUGUGAUACAAUUAUAAAUGAAAAUCGCGAUAUCCACUAUCCUGUUGUUGAGUUGGCUAGUAGGUCAAGACUGAGCUGUGUAUGCUGGAAUAGUUACAUUAAAAGCCAGAUUGCUUCGAGUAACUUUGAAGGCGUGGUGCAGGUGUGGGAUGUCACAAGAAGUCAAUUACUAACAGAAAUGAGAGAACAUGAGAGGCGUGUAUGGUCCAUUGACUUUUCAUCAGCGGAUCCAACAGUGUUGGCCAGCGGCAGUGAUGAUUGUUCUGUUAAGCUAUGGAAUAUCAAUCAGGGAGUAAGUAUUGGUACAAUCAGAACAAAGGCCAAUGUCUGCUCUGUUCAAUUUCCCUUGGAUUCUAGCCGGUCUCUUGCAUUUGGUUCAGCAGAUCAUAGAAUUUAUUACUAUGAUCUUCGUAACUCAAAAGUUCCUUUAUGCACAUUGGUUGGACAUAAUAAAACUGUGAGCUAUGUGAGGUUUGUAGAUCCGACAAAUCUUGUUUCUGCAUCCACAGAUAGCACAUUAAAGCUCUGGGAUUUGUCAAUGUGCACAUCUCGUGUUAUUGAUACACCCCUUCAAUCGUUCAUGGGCCACAUGAACGUUAAGAACUUUGUGGGUUUGUCAGUAUCAGAUGGUUACAUUGCAACUGGCUCAGAAACAAAUGAGGUUUUCAUCUACCAUAAAGCUUUCCCCAUGCCAGUAUUGUCAUUCAAGUUCAACAACACCGACCCUCUUUUAGGUCAAGAAAUGGAUGAUCCUGCACAGUUUAUUUCUUCUGUCUGCUGGCGAGCCCAGUCCUCUACCUUAGUUGCUGCAAAUUCUACUGGGAAUAUCAAAAUUUUGGAGAUGGUUUAAUUUGGUUUGCGCUUCCCAAACCAUGCAUUAUAUUUUUGCUGAAAAGAAACAAGACUGAUGGUGUUUGGAAGAAACAGUUGGAAGUCAGUAGAAUAAUCUUGCACCAUAGGAAAUUGUGAAGCUAAGAUAGGGUAAAUAAUACAGGAACUUUGAUAGUUGCAAUUAGAAAAACAAUUUUUAGGAUUAGAUCAUAGAGAAUGCGAUUAAUGCAAUGAGAUACUGCUCAAGAUCCGGUGUACUGUAGAUAAAAUUCAGGGGAAAAAGGGAAAACAAAAGCAUAAAAAUUAUUUUUCCAUGUAUAUUUUUGCAGUGCUUGUAGUUAUUCAUUUGUUGCAACGUGCAGUGAUCUUGAUCUUUAAAGAUGCAUUCUUCAUUCA